GACUCGAUAUUUGUGUUUAAUUAUGUGUUUAUUUUAGUCCUUGUGGGUCUCCUCGUGCCUUGCAGAAGAUUUCCACCAAAUUUCAAAUUCGGCGCUUCAACGUCGGCUUAUCAGGUUGAAGGAGGCUGGAAUGCUGAUGGUAAAGGCGUAAAUAUAUGGGACAGAAUAACGCACGAGCACCGAGGUCUGAUCGUCGACAAUUCAACUGGUGACGUUGCAGCCGAUUCUUAUCACAAAUGGCGCGAAGAUGUACGAAUCGCGAAAGAACUAGGACUUGAUUUUUACAGAUUUUCUAUCAGCUGGGUACGCAUACUACCGAGUGGUUUUACCAACGAAAUUAAUAAAGCCGGAGUAAAAUAUUACAGUGACCUUAUAGACGCUCUCCUUGCUGAGGGCAUAGAGCCGAUUGUCACGUUGUACCACUGGGAUUUACCAGUGAGGAUACACGACUUGGGUGGCUGGACUAAUCCUUCGAUUGUGGACUGGUUCGGUGAUUAUGCGAGAGUCAUUUUCUCUCUCUACGCAAAUCGCGUUAAGACCUGGACUACUAUAAACGAAGCUGUAGUUCUAUGUGACUUCGGUUAUAAUAGUGGAAUUUUUGUUCCGGAUAUCAAGGAACCAAUAUUUGGUCCAUAUUUAUGCAAUAAGCAUGUUUUAUUGGCUCAUGCAAAGUCCUACAGGAUAUUUGAUCGAGAAUUCAGACACAAAUAUGGAGGACGAAUUUCCAUUUCCAAUCACCUCUUGUGGAUAGAACCCUCAUCGCCUCAGGACGUGGAACUAGCAGAACUUGGACGAGAGCAUUUGGUAGGUAGAUAUUCCCAUGCAAUAUUUUCUAAAGACGGUGGCUGGCCACCUUCGAUUGAAAAACAAAUGCUGAAAGUUAGCCUUGCACAAGGGUAUAAAGAGUCCAGGCUCCCUCCAUUUACUGAAGAGGAAAAGAAAUUUGUCAGAGGAACGGCUGAUUUCUAUGCCGUAAACUUUUACGCAACGUACUUGAUCAGACCAGCGAAGCCAGGAGAGGACCCAGGAUUGUGGUUCUUGACGGGCUCACCAGAACUGAACGCAGUAUUGGAACAUCCUCCUAACGUUUCUUACAGUUUCUCCAAAUUAAUUCCGGUAUACCCAAAAGCCUUACGAAGGCAGUUGGCGUGGCUAAAGAAACAAUAUGGAGACAUUAAUAUAAUCAUCACAGAAAAUGGAUUUUCUGUGUCUGGUGUCCAUCUUGAAGACUACAAAAAAAUACAAUUUAUUAAUCAAUAUUUAGAACAGGUACUAUUAUCUAUCUAUGAGGACAAUGUGAAUGUGACAGGCUAUACAGUUUGGUCGCUUAUUGACAACUUCGAAUGGAUGGAUGGGUAUACGUCAAAAUAUGGUCUAUACCAUGUUAAUUUUGAUGAUCCAGAACGCAAGCGAACACCGCGAGCGUCAGCUAUAUACUUCUCAUGCGUGAUCAAGAAUCGUUCGCUUAAUGACACUUGUCUAGAAAAGAAUUACUUAAUCGAACAAUCCAAACUAAGACGAUAUGAGCUGUGA